UAUGGGCAUAACUGAUAGCGGGACUCAUGUACUCUCGUACAAUAUUUAUAAAGAAGCUGGUUGGGAGAAUCAGGCUAAUCACUUGAGGAAGUUGAUCUCGGAUGCCCAGAUGAAGAAGCUACCCGGUUGCAGCAUGAUCGAAGUGAAUGGCAUUGUUAUAGAGUUCCGUGCCGGCAAUUUUUGUCAUCCACAGGCACUGGAGAUGUGUAAACUACUCAAUUCUUUCCUCAGAAUAAUAAAUUUAGAGGAGUUAUACAUUGGCUGAAAAUGUUCUCCAGAAAAAUGAAUUGGGCUAGGACUUCAGGAGUUUUGGUAGGAUACCCAUUCUUUUGAUCUGUAACGUUUUGCUUCCCGUAUCAAGCUCAGCGAGUUAACCAAUCUUACAAUCAUCCAUAAGAAUUGCAUCUUUGAUGGAUUCUUGUCUUCCAAAUCAAAGCAAUACCAACCCAAUUGCAAUCUCCCAUGAUCAUUGAUAAAUUUGCCAUUCUUUUACCUGGGAGACUCGUAAUCUAGCGGGACAUGGAAACUCACUCUCAACCCCCAGCUACAGCUUUAAAGGAGGCCCUACCGAAAAACUAAAAGUAGAAAGAAGCUCAAUAAUCUUGAUUGGACCUAAUCUAAUUGGAAACAUUUUAGGAAAAGAUUCUUGUUACUCUAAUCAGAAUCUAAUUACUGCUGAAAGUACCAAAAGAUUUACUUCUAGAGAACCUGAUGUUUGCUCAAGGUAAUGGAUCAUAGUAUUAAUAAAAAAAGACAUGAACCUCGUAGAUUACUCACAUCAUGUUAAAUACCACGUUGGUGGGCCUCGGUUUGCAUUCCUCCAAAUUGAAGAGAGCUUUGGCUUCGUUCUCUCUCACCAACCUGAACCUUCAUGAUCACCCGCCACCUCAAAACCAGGACUCUCUGCAGAGCAGCAAACCCACGUUCGUAUCAUUCAAAUCAAUCUCUCAUCGCCAGACCACCUUCGUCUCCAUCGUUCGACCAAAGUCCUCGCUCCAAUAAUGCAUUCUCCAUCAACCGUUCGAUGGUCGAUUCCAUCCUCAAGAAACACCCAACUCAAGCUCUUUCCCUCUUCAAGAAACAGCUCCAGCUGGGCUUUCCCGGCGGCGUCGAUGAAGCCACCGUCUCCCUGGCGCUCAAGGCCUGUGAUGGAGACCUCGGGCUCUGCCGCCAGCUCCAUGGCUUCGCCAUCUCUUCUGGGUUUGUUUCGUUCACCACGGUUUCGAACUCUCUGAUGAACGCUUAUACUAAAGGUGGGAACUUUGACCGAGCUCUGUACAUUUUCGAGAACUUGGAGCGGCCCGACACCGUUUCUUGGAAUACCGUUCUGUCUGGAUUCCCGGAUAGCGAGGAUGCGUUGAGUUUUGGCGUCAGGAUGAAUUUGAGUGGGGUUGGUUUCGAUGCAGUCACAUACACUACUUUGCUUGCUAUUUGCUUGGACUACGAAGGGUUUCUGUUCGGACUGCAGUUGCAUGGUCUAGUGAUUAAAUUUGGAUUGGAUACUGAACUUUUUGUAGGCAACGCUCUUAUAACUUUGUAUUCGAGACAGGACAUGCUAGAACAUGCCAGGAAGGUGUUUGAUGAAAUUCCCAGUAGGGAUAUAGUUUCGUGGAAUGCGAUGAUAUCAGGCUACACGAAAGAAGGAAGUUAUGGGGUGGAGGCAAUACGUUUGUUUAUUGAAAUGGCGAGGGAAGGCAUGAAGCUUGAUCAUGUCUCAUUUACCAGUGCUGUUUCGGCUUGUGGCUACGAAAGGAAUUGGGAGCUUGGGAGACAGAUUCAUGGCCUGACAAUAAAAGCUGGAUAUGAGAAGCAUGUCUCGGUUGGUAAUGUCUUGAUCUCUAAUUAUUUGAAGUCUGAGACCGUGGAGGAUGCCAAAUUGGUAUUCAUGAACAUGAGCGAACAUAAUGUUGUCUCGUGGACUACAAUGAUCUCCAUGGAUGAAGAUGCCAUGUCUCUUUUCAAUCAGAUGAGAAUGGACGAAGUUUACCCAAAUGAUGUUACAUUUGUUGGACUUCUGCAUUUCAUAACAAAUAACAAUUUGGUCAAAGAAGGUGAAGUGAUUCAUGGAUACUGCUUAAGUACUAGUUUUUGCUCAGAGUUGAAUGUUUCCAACAGCCUCAUCACAAUGUAUGCAAAAUUUGGAACCAUGGGAAAUUCGUUGAAUUUUGAAGAGCUCAACUAUAGAGAAAUCAUAUCUUGGAAUGCUUUGAUAUCUGGGUACACCCAAAAUGGACAGUGCCAGGAAGCGGUCGAGACUUUCUUUUUGGUGACAAAAGAGCUACAGCCUAAUGCAUAUACAUUUGGUAGUGUAUUGAGUGCCAUAGGAGCUGGUGAGGCUAUUUCUCUAAGGCAUGGUCAAAGAUGCCAUUCACAUCUAGCAAAACUCGGACUGAACACUGAUCCAAUUGUUUCAGGUGCUCUUCUUGACAUGUAUGCGAAGCGUGGGAGCAUUUCUGAGUCUCUUAAUGUUUUCCACGAAACUCCUGUAAAGAGCCAAUUUGCAUGGACAGCAAUAAUUUCUGCUUAUGCAAGGCAUGGAGAUUGUGAGUCAGUGAUAAGACUAUUCAAGGAAAUGGAGAAGGAAGGCAUAAAGCCUGACGAAAUAACAUUCCUUUCAGUGCUAUCCGCUUGCAGUAGAAAGGGAAUGGUUGAUAUCGGCCAAGAACUCUUUGACUCGAUGGUCGAGGAGUACUUGAUCGAACCAUUGCCUGAACAUUAUUCAUGCAUGGUGGACAUGUUAGGCCGUGCAGGGAGGUUGAAAGAAGCAGAGGAGCUUGCUAGCCGCAUUCCAGGAGGCCCAGGAUUGUCUGUGCUCCAGAGCUUGCUUGGGUCGUGCAGAGUGCACGGGAACGUUGAGAUGGCAGAGAGGAUUGUGGAUGCUCUGAUGGACAUGGAGCCCACAGAAUCAGGGUAUUACGUGUUGAUGUCGAACUUGUAUGCCGAGAAGGGACUGUGGGAGGAGGCGGCGAGGGUGAGGAAAGGCAUGAGAGAGAGGGGAGUGAGGAAGGAAAUAGGGUUCAGCUGGGUGGACGUGGGUGAUCCUGAUGGUUCGUUGUGCUCGCACGGGUUCUCAUCAGGUGACAUGUCACACCCUCGGUCGGAGGAUAUAUUCAGGAUGGUGGAGUGCCUGGGAUCGGAAAUGCAGUUCUUGAGAGAGAGACAGAGACGGGGAGAGACUGAGAGGAUGUUUGCAAUGUGAUUUCAUCAACUCACUCGAUGCGCACAGGUAAAUUUUCAUCGAACUGGAUGAUGGAUGAUAAAGACUGAGCACCACUGCUUCAUAUCAAUCGGUCGCGCGGUGAGAAACAUGGAAGAAAGCAAGAUUUUGGAAGGAAAUGCGUUUAUCUUUACUCGCUGAGGAAAAAUUCAGUUUCAGUUUCCAUGUCCAGCAGAAGCUGAUGACACCACGACACAUCUUUUGAGGGGCCGAUGAGAAAUGAUUUCUUGCUUAGAGAUGGCAAAAACUUGGCGUUAGAUAUCACUAGUCUUUGCUUUUCAUUGUUUGAGCAAUGGAAUGCUCUACAUUAUUCUUUGACUAUACGGAAUUUUUCAUACAUAGUAAACAUUGAAUAACCAUUUUUCGACCA